AUGUUUAUUGAUGAUGGUGAUGACACGAACCAACCUCUUCCAACAGCAGACCCAGAGGAUGAAGCAUAUGAGGAGGAUUGCAAGCGUAACCCAUUGGUCGUAUCAUGUUGGUUGCGAUAUUUAGACUUCAAGAAAGAGUCUCUACAGAGAGUUAGAAACGAUAUCUAUGAGAGAGCAUUGAAGCAAGUGCCUCGAUCUUACAAGCUUUGGCACAGGUAUCUCCACGAACUAGUUGUCAACGCUCGAGGAAGAUGCAUCAUCGAUCCCGUCUACGAACAAGUAAACAAAGCAUUCGAGCGAUCACUUGUAUUCCUAGAUAAGAUGCCUAGGAUAUGGAUCGAAUACUGCCAGUUCUUGAUGGCACAGUCAAGGAUUACACAGACAAGGAGGACAUUUGAUCGUGCUCUGCGUGCACUGCCGAUCACUCAACAUGAUCGCAUUUGGGACCUCUACAUCGAGUUUGUAAUGUCCACUGGUAUCAAAGAGACAUCGAUCCGCGUGUACAAACGUUAUCUAAAGCUCGAUCACUCAAAGCUUGAAGACUACAUCGAUUACUUGUUAAAGAUCAAUGCAUGGAAGGAGGCUGCUGAACAGAUACUCAUUAUGUUGAAUCGUGAACGAUUCGUUUCGUACAAGGGCAAGACUAGACAUCAGUUGUGGCUCGAGUUGUGUUACAUAUUGGCGCAGCAUCCACAUGAGACAAGCGAUACGAUGGAUGCCGAUGCGAUUAUACGCGCCGGUAUCACUCAGUUCAAGGAUCAAGCAGGCAAGCUGUGGUCAUCACUGGCCGACUACUACGUUCAACUUGCGCAGUUUGACAAGGCACGUGACAUCUACGAGGAGGCGCUCAACACAGUGUCAACGGCACGCGACUUUAGCACCGUGUGGGAAGGCUACACAUCGUUCGAGGACAGUCUGCUGAUCGCCUCGCAGGCCAUCGUCGACGAGGCCACCGCCAGUGGCGAGGACGCGAGCGACGCCGUGCUGGACUUUGAGAUGGCGCUGGCGCGCUACGAGAGUCUAAUCGAGCGCCAGCCACUGUUGCUGAGCUCGGUUCUACUGCGUCAGAACCCGCAUAACGUGCAGGAGUGGCACAAGCGUGUGCGUCUCUACUCUGGCAAGCCCAAGAUGAUCGUACAGACAUUUGCUAGUGCGGUCGAGACGGUGGACCCACAGCAGGCCAAGGGCAAGCCCUAUACAUUGUGGGCCGCCUUUGCCCAGUAUUACGAGUCGCACAAUCAUCUGGAUCAGGCGCGCAAGAUCUUUGAGAAGGGAUGCAAGGUGGCAUAUAAGACGAUCGACGACCUCGCCUCUCUGUACUGCGAGUUUGCCGAGAUGGAGCUGCGACACAAGCAGUAUGCACGAGCACUCGACAUCCUCAAGCGCGCCACAAUCUCCCCGCGCCGCCCAACACACAUCCCCGACACCGAGCCCGUUCAGAAGCGUCUGUGGAAGUCGCUCAAGCUGUGGACUCUCUACGCCGACCUGGAGGAGUCGUUCGGCACAUUCCUCAACACCAAGUCCAUCUACGACAAGAUGCUGCAGCUCAAGAUCGUCACGCCCCAAGUCGUGCUCAACUAUGCCGACCUCCUCGAGGAGCACAAGCACUUUGAGGAUGCCUUCAAGGCCUAUGAGCAGGGCAUUGCGCUGUUCCCCUUCCCGCACGUGCAAGACCUGUGGGUGACCUACAUCACCAAGUUCAUCAACCGCUACGGAGGCGCCAAGUUGGAGCGCGCGCGUGACCUGUUCAAGCAGGUGCUGAGCAAGGUUCCGCCCAAGGACUCCAAGGUAUUCUACCUGAUGUACGCCAACAUGGAGGAGCAGUUUGGAUUGGCGCGUCACUCGAUGGACGUGUACGACCGCGCCACAAAGAACGUCGCAGAAGAAGACCGCUACAACAUGUAUCUACUGUACAUCAAUCGCACGACCGAGUUCUUUGGCAUCACCAAGACGCGCGAGAUCUAUACGCGCGCCAUCGAGACACUCAAAGAGGACAAGGCUCGCGACAUGUGCAUGCGCUUUGCCGAGAUGGAGAGGAAGCAUGGCGAGAUCGACCGUGCGCGCUCAAUCUACGUGCACGGCGGACAGUUCACCGACCCGACUACCGCGCCACAAUACUGGCGCGCCUGGAACGACUUUGAGAAGCAUCAUGGAAAUGAGGAGACGUUCCGCGAGAUGCUCAGAAUCAAGCGAUCAGUGAUCGCUCAGUACAAUCAGCUGAACAUCACAAACAUCGAGAUGAUGAACCAGGCUCAGAAAGAUGAGAUGGCCGCCAAGAUCAAACAACAGAAUCAAAUGGCAGAGUUGGAGAGGAAGGCAAUGCAACAGCAACAGUUGCAGGCACCACCGGCAUCAAACCAGCAACAUCAACAACAGGCACCGGCUCGACCACAACAGGUCCAACAACAAGCACCACCCGUCAAGAACACCGACGAGAUCGAUAUAGAUGAUGAUGAUGAUGAGGAUGACCAUGAUGAGGACGAGGACGAACAGGACGGAAACAACAAGCCAAAAUCAUCAAAGUCAUUCCAAAUAGAAGAGAGACAGAUACCAUCAACAUUGUUCGCAUCCAAUGUCAAAUAA